GCUUCUUCCGCUCUUACUUCCUCUGCGCCUUCUCCUGAUGCUACCACCAACCCUGUUCCGAUACCUGACGCAUUAUCUCUAAUUUUAUCUUCACAAAAGGUUGUUAACCUUACGGCCACCAUAUUUCCUCCCUCUUCAUUGUCAUCAUCAUCAGUGGUGCCACGAUUUUUUGUCCCAUCUGCGUUGUCACUUUUGAUCGUCUUAUCAAAAUCCGCAAUAAAAAAAACAUUAUAUAUAAUAUUAGAGAUUGAAGAAUCAGUGAAUUUCGAGCAUCAAGCUUCCACCGGUGAAGAUUUUUUACCACUGGAUGAAAGUUCUAAUGAUCUGCGACUUUUAGACCUAAUUGGCUGA